UCACACGGAAUGUAAUAGCCGCUGAACUGGCGGACGCAUAUUUUACAGUGUAAACGGGGCUCGACGCCACCUAUAAUCAUAUUUUGUAGUAUUAUAAGUUAACUAAAUACCAUUGAAUAAUUCAUUGAACGAUUUCACAACACCUUUCAAUUGAAUUUGACGUGUGUUUGCGCGCUAGCUAAAAAGCUAGCUAAACCCACUGACGAGAUGCGGCUCUCCUUGGCGACCUUAAUUUCACAUGGCCGAGUGGCCAGACGGAUAGGUCUCGGCCCUAAGUCACGAAUCGACAUGCUUCGGAAUAUUUUGACAGGACUGGUUCGAUUCGAAAGGAUAGAGACAACCCGAGGUCGGGCCGAUGAAGUCCAAUUCUACGCCGAGAAGCUGAUUGACUAUGCGAAAAAAGGAGACACGGAUGAGAAGGCGAUGAAAAUGGCCACCUUCUGGCUCACGGAGAAAGAUCUGGUGCCAAAGCUCUUCAAAGUCCUGGCACCUCGAUACCAGGACCAUCAGAAGGCCUACACACGCAUGGCUCGGAUCCCGAACCGGACGAACUUGGACCGGGCAGAAAUGGCGGUCCUGGAGUACAAGGGACACCCUUUCCCACCCCUGUUCCACCCGAAACGUGACAACGACCUCACGCUGCUCAACCAGCUACUGAAGGGGUACCGGGAGGAGAGGGCACGGCAGACAGCAGCCAAAUCGGACUGAGCCCCCACUGUCUCCUCAACAUUUCAGCCACGUCCCUAACCUUGCUUUUGGAAUCGACUAUACAUACCUGGUUUCCGCUCUCCGCUUUCUCAAAUUGUAUUUCCAAAGUGUGAAUUAAACCUUUCCAGAAGA